AUGAUCCGAUGUGGCUUGGAGUUGGCAUUCACUGUCAACUUCACCUUCGCUCUCUUGCCCCACUCUGGUCGCGCCGGGCCCAGCGGCUUUGCGUUUGUGAUUGCCGCAACGGCCAAGGCAGGGAAACCAGGAGGUGUGGGGUACAGCGGGAUGGGAGCUCGGAGCAUAGCCAUUACUUUUGACAUUAAAGAGAGUCACCAGCGCAUGGGGCUGAACAUGAAUGGCAGAGGGGAACCCGUGGUGUCGAAGGUUUCACCAUUCAUGCUCACUGAUGGCAAUUCAUACACGGCGUGGGUGGAUUAUGAGCCUGGGGAUCCGGGCACCUUUCGAGUCUUCUUGGCGAGCUCGAACGAAAAGCCAGAGGAGCCGCUGCUGCUGCAGAAGGGUGUGUCGCUGUGUGCUGUGCUGCGGCCGCGGGUGAAGCAGCAGCGUGCCGCGUUCUCGUUUGGGUUUACGGCGUCUACUGCUUUCCAGCUGCAUGGCAUUCUAUUCUCUGCUGUGCAAACAGGCAAGGCUAUUCUGGGCAGUCCCAAACCCCACUCUCUGGCUUCUGUGCUUAUCUUUCGUCUUGUGUUUUCCUCAACAGGCGCCCCUUCAUCCAAGGUCGUCCAGACCAAGGAGCAAGAGGCCACAUUUGCACCGACUCGAGCCAGUCCCUUUUCGCGCUAUGUGAGUGCGGACUUCAAUCUGUCGGCCACCAGAGCGGACUCGUGGAGCAUUCGUGACUUCCACACGUGGGACAAUGUGCCCUUCCUCAACUGGCCUGUCAAGAACCAAAACGACUGCAAUGGGUGCUGGGCGUAUGCGGUAGUGGCGAGUGUGGAGGCGGCAUACGGCAUUGCAAAGCAGCAGAGCGCUCCUCGGCUGUCAGUGGAGGGUCUCUUUGCGCUCAUGGGUCUCACUGAUUCAGACAAGUGCUUUGCUGGCGGCUCCCCCACCCAGGCUUUUGAGACGCUCACAGCUCUCGAUGCCUCCAGUGGUCUCACAGGGGACAGUGACCUGGCAACAACGUAUCCGGUGCAGGCGUUUGAACGAGCGCAGUUCAAGGGGUAUGUGGGGCUCAUGCUGGCAGUGCAGCGACAGCCAGUGGUGGUUCACAUUGAGGCGUCUCCAACCUUCAUGCUGUAUGAUGGGGGGGACACCUGUGCCUACAUCAGCAGACCGCUCAAGUUCACAGAACUUGAUCUCACCGCACUCAACCCCGGCCUUGACUGCUCCAAGCCCAUCAAAGCCGGCAGCUCCGUGUGCAUUGAGCGCAGUGCUGCCUUUGCAUUCACCGUACCCGAGUGUGUGAGAUACGGCACGCUCACACCUCAAGACACGUGCGAGCGGCUGCUUCAGAGGACAGGCACUUCACCAGGAGGUGUCAGUGCCAUUGAGAAUCAAUGGGCUGCACUGUACCGCAACAAUCCUGGCCUCACUUGCUCUGCCACUAUCCCUUCCUCUGCCUCCGCUGUCGGCAGCAACAUUGGUGUACAGGUGAGGACUGUGAGGGCUGGGGGGAAACCCUCUGGGAUGGGGGAGCACGGAAUGGUGGGCAAAAAUUUGCCUGACAGCAGAGUAUUGGUCGUUCACGAUGGGGAUAUGCAAGAAGGGUAG